GGAGGGGAUGCCUUCCUCGUCAUUCAGUGUCACCCUCUCCACACACACUGACACAGGCUCACACACAAAGGACAUCACACUGUGUGACACACAAACCCCAGUCAUGCACAAAUGAGGAGGAAUACACAGAGACCCGUACUCACCGAGCAAGGGAGAAGCUGACAAAGCACUAUGCCUCCUGUGCCUCUAGAAGAGCGUUCAGCCCCUUUGCCCCGUCCCCGUUCUCUUCCUCUGCAUCCUCCUCCCAACCCUCGCUUAGCCCCAGAAGUCAGAGGAUUCCAACUUGGACACCGUGCACCCUCUCAUGCCGACCUUACACUUCCUGGACCCCUGCCCCAUCUUCAGUCUGCACGAUGGCCUCGGGAAUCCUGCACCCGGAGAAGAUGUUCUCCUCCAUCACCAUCUCCACGUUCUCCAUCUUGCUUUCGCUGGGCUCUUCAUCCUCUAAAAUGUGGUUGCAGAGGUUGCUGGCGUCUUCUGCGACCAUCCAGGAAAUCUGUGGGCUCAUCUUGCAGCUGUGACCCCAUUGUCACAUUUGACCCCCAGUUUGCUGGCAGUUCGAGGGUUAGCUAUGAUGAAGAUGAUGAUUACAGUGUACGAGCCAUUUGGCCAGAUGAACUUGCACGGAAGAUGAUGUCACAAACCAGAGGUGGGACACUUGGAGGGGCACCUUUGCUUCUAGACUGCAGGGGGCUGGCAACAAUACGGGGAGAUGAAUCAAUGACUUCAACUUCUCCUCUUUCUCCACCACCACCAUCAUCAUCAUCUCCACCUUUGUCUCCAAUCAGAGGAUCGAACCGGAACUUGCAAAGUUUGUAUCUCCUUCUGGAACCAUUCAGUGACAAGGAAAACAGUUGUGAAAAGAAAGCUCUGCCUGAGCCCCCAGCUGAUGAAUGCACAUUGCCAGCAGAACUAUCACUCACAUCACCGCUCUCUCCUGACCUGGAAAAAGCAGAGCUGAGUUCCAUUUUGCCUUUCCUCUUUCUUGGCAAUGAGAUAGAUGCUCAAGAUUUAAACCGUAUGGUUAACCUCAACAUUGGCCAUGUUUUAAAUGUGACGACCCAUCUGCCCCUAUAUCAUGCCGAGUCUGGGGCCCUACGAUACAAGAGACUGCCGGCUACAGAUAACAGCAAGCAGGACCUUCGGCAGUACUUCGAGGAAGCAUUUGAGUUCAUUGAAGAGGCUCAGCAGGAUGGAAAAGGAGUACUCAUCCACUGCCAGGCAGGGGUCUCACGCUCUGCCACCAUUGUUAUUGCGUACCUUAUGAAGCACACCUUGAUGACAGUGGGGGAUGCCUAUAAAUUUGUCAAAGGGAAGCGACCAAUCAUCUCCCCCAACUUGAACUUCAUGGGACAACUGCUGGAGUUUGAAUCAGAUCUGAAUACUGGAGUUACCCCGAGGAUCCUGGUCCCCAAGCUACGGGGUGUUGAGACUGAUGUGUGAAUGGAGUUAUCAUACCAGUGAAGGAAAAUUAAAGAAGAAGGAGAAAUAAGAGACUGUAAAACUAGAAAGAGAUGGGUGAAAAAAAGUCCUUUAGGGCUGUAUAAUUUCAGGGGGGGGGGGGAAUCUCUACAUAAGAAACAGAGAUACAUUUUAUAACAGGGGCUUGUAUAGCCACAGAGACUAAAAUCCUAUACCAACCUUUUCCUAAAGUUAUAUUAUAUCAUCCAUGUUUGGCAGAAAAGGACUAAAUUAGUUAGUGGAUUCAUUGUCAUUGUCAUUAUAAAUGGCUUUGAAAAUAGAUAUUCCGAUAUAGUCACAGCCCUUGCAUUAUAUCGGGAUAUUUUCAUCGCUGCCAAUUCCCCUACGUAAAAAUUACAGAACAAAAAUGACAUAUUUAACUCUACUGAGAUUAAAGUCUCUUUCUUAAGGAUACAGCUAUAGGAUACAAAAUAAAAUGUCAAUUAUUUAAAGUGGGGAAAAAGGAAAAUAAGUUUAUGAAACAAAAUAUUUUAUAUUAUUACAUUGGGUAGGCAGACAUUUUAAAAUGAUACAUCAGCCUCAUAUGUAAAGGUUUGUGGGUUUUUGACCCUGUUUGGCCCAUGUUUGGUUGAAAAUCAAGGGUCCAUCAGAAUGCUGAACUCCAUUUAACAUGGCCGGUGAUAUUUAUUUAAUGCCUAGGCGAGUUUUUUGUUUUUUUUAUAAUCUCUUUUAUUUUUCAAAAUCAGAUGCAUAGACAGAGAAUAAUGCAAAUGUCAUUUUCAGGCAAGUUUUUUUUAUGGAAAAGCUUUAAUAUUCAUGCAGCAAAGCACUGUGAAGGUUAUGGCAGUCUGUCAGUCUAUCAGUCUGCUCAUAGGCCUCUGCCAAGGUCUGUUUAGCAGUAAAUGUGCCAAUCCUGGACUAUGCAUGGCAAGAGUCAGUUUCACACAUACGGCACUAUUUAUUUAUGGAAGUUAUUAUGUUUAUCGCCUUCACUUGUUCUCUCCUAACUUGUCCACGGAUCUAUGGGCUUUCAUAUCUACCAGGGCUGCAUUUAAUGUGAGUGCCACCCUAAGAACUGGACUUCUAACUGCCUGCUACCCCCUCAGAUCAGUCAUCAGGACAUGCACAGGACCCCCUCAGCUUUGCCCCCAGAUUUAUCCAAAUAUCUGGUCGUUAUAAAGUGAAUUUUUUAUUUUGUAACCUUUUUUUAUAUGUAGACACCAGUGGGCUUGCCUACAAGUGUCUAUAUAUAUAUAAAUACAGCUCUACUACAACUGUAAAUCCAAGCAAAUGAACAGUCAUGUAGUUGAACGGCAUUCCUUUUGAAUUGUGUCUUUCUAGCUACUUUGCCUAUGACCUUUUGGCUGUUUGCGUGUCCAAAUGGACAUUGUAGUUCAACAAAUGGGUCAUACGACUGACCUCAACCUAAAUGAACAACUGGCAUUGUAUACAAAUAGUUCAGGCUUUAACUAUGCCUAUGGCUGAAUGAAGUGCAACAUGGCAUAAUUUAAACCAGGAGUCCCCAACUUUUUCUCAAUUUUUUUUUCUCAAAAAGAGUUGGGGAGCAACACAAGCAUGAACAAGUCCCUGGGGGUGCAAAGCAAGUGCUGUGAUUGGUAAUCCCUAUGU